UUGUUACCCGUGGAUACAGUGUUACCACAUUAUUUAACUGAGUCGGAAAUUGAAGGAUUGUGCUGCAGGAGAAGAAGAUGUGGUUUGAAAUCAUACCUAGUUUUGCUAUUAUUACUGUAGCAUUGGCUGUCCCUGGCGUUGUAAAAUAUUUCGGACAUCAACUGAUUUUUGGUAAUGCAAACAUACGGGAUAAGACGAAUAGGUGGGAGCGUUAUAUGUACCAACGUGAUGAACGGCUUACGGGAGAUCCAUACAAAGCCAAUGGUCUUGAAGCCAUUCCUGAUGAGUGAAAAUGUUUCAUUAUGAAACUGAUAUUCUAGAAUAGAAACUGCAGUAUCAUGGAGGACUGGCAUUGUUAACAUUUGUACAAAUAACUAGAACAUUAAUGUUACACUACCAAAAUCUUAUGCCAAAAAUAACAUUACUGACAAAAAUACGUGUCUUAACAAGAUACUGAAGUUGGCAGUGUCUGUUCUGAUAUUAAUGUAUAAAAACUGCUGGAGUAGAAAUAUUGUACAAAAUUUAAAAAUUGAUCUGUUAUAUUAAGAAAAUAAAUUAUGCACUGCAUACAUAUAAAAUGUUUUAUUUAAACAAAACUGGACUAUGGUAUAGAACUGCAGACUCAGAUGAAGAGUCUGAUACAAACAGGAUGAAACUGAUAAAUAAAUGGCAAGCUGCACAUUGAUACAACUGAGAACACUGCACAUCACAGUAGGUUUCUGUUUCAGUAAGCAUGUUGACAUUGAUAUAUGUUUCAGCAUGCUCUUCUAGAUACCACGGGAUCUUAUGCCUGACUGGACACUGGUACAUGCAUCAUGAUCAUUUGAUGCUGAAGCAUAUCUCAGAACCUGCCACUCAUGUUGCAGUCUGCAUAAUGAAAUGUGUAUUGGUACUUCUGUGUACGUAGUUCAGAAGUUGGGUAGAAGUUUUUCUAAAACCACAUUUGUAGAUUGCAUCAGAUUUGAAUGAGGCAGUAGUAUCCUUUUUGAAUCACCUUCUCGUGAAGUGUUGCCAACUGACAUAAAACAAAGAUGUACUCAAAUGUAUACAGUCUGUAAAAAAAUAUAUGUUACGACAUUCUGUGGUAGAUAGAUGGGUUCAGUCUGAUCAUAUUUUGUUAAUAUACCAAUGUCCAGUAAUGCUUUGUUUGUGUGUUAAGGCCUCUGAAAUUUGAAGGAGGACGCCCUUACCUCUUACCCUUUGUGGCUUACUGGUGACAUUUAUAUAACAUUUCUCCAAGAAACCUUACCAGAGCUGCUGGAAGUGGUGCCUUUGGAAGUCUAUCUUGAAAUAUGGUUCAAGCAUGAUGGUGCCCUGGCACACAGCACUAAUAUCCAAUAUGAGUAUUUGGAUGAAACCUUUGGCAACAGAAGGAUUGGUUAUGGAGGUCCAAUAACCUGGCCCCCUCACUCCCCUAACUUGACUCAAUUGGUUUCCUUUCUCUGGGGGUACAUGCAAAGCCUGGUGUACGAGAUUCCAGUGGAAACACUACAUGAUCUUGUGGCAAGAAUUGCAGUAGCAGCUGGAACCAUUCUGGAAAUGCCAGGAAUUUUUCAAAGAGUUCGGUAUAACAUAACCAGGCAGUGCAGAACAUGCAGUGAAGUUGGCGGCCACCAUUUUGAGGUUGUUCAGAUUUCAUUUUCUUCAUCUUGAUAAACAAAUUGCAACACUCGAAGACAUAACAAAAAGAGAACCUCAUUAAUAAUGAUUUGGAGAGAAAGCAGUUGUGUCACAUUUUAGGGUUUAACCCAGUGAGCUGAGGAAACUUUAAAAAAUGUGCUAUAAAGCUGUUUUAUACUUGAAAUUUCAAUGGAUACUUCCCAGUAGCAUGUCAUUUUCAUUAUUGCCCUGAUAAUUAAACUAAGUUAUGAAACAUGGGACUCAGUA